UUGUUCAUUUUCCAGUAAUCAUUCUAAAUUCGUCGGUUUUGUUCUUUUGGAAUGAUCCAUUUUCUAUUCUCCAUUAGUAAAGCUAUAUCAUUAAGUGCUUAUAGAUACAGUUUAAUUCAUAUCGUUUUUUAGUUAUAUUGCCGGUGAAUAAUCUUUAUCGACAAAAGAAAGUAUGAAUCGAUUUCGUAAAGUAAAAGACAACAGUAAGAAAUACUGUCUAGUGAGGUUUAUUGAGGACAAAAUUCUGUACAUAGUACCUACAAGGCAGUUGACUCCAAUUGAAGGAGAUUUGGUGUGGGCUCCAUAUAAAAAAAUGGGCUUUUAUGAAGCUCAUAUAGUUUUUCUCAAUAAUAAUAGAAAUAUAUUGGAAAAAAAGAAACGAGAUAUCCAAAUGAGUGAAGAUAUUGAAAGUCUGAAUGAUAUGAAUACUGCAAUUUCUACAUCUAAUCUCUGUGGUAAUGAAGAUAAUUCUAGAUGUUAUCCUACAUAUGAGGCAGAUGAUACAAAAAUAAAUCAAAAUAUUGCAGUUUCUGAAUGUGAUCUUAGUGUGGACAGAGAUAAUUCAUUACAUGAUCCAACUUACAUAACAGAAGAUACUGAGACUGUUAAUGUCACAAAAACAAAUAAGCAUCUGAAGACGGAUAAUUUAAAACCAAGUACUUUGAACUAUAGAGAGCUGAAUAUUAUUGAGUCAAAAUCGAAGAAGCACUUCUGUAAGUUUUGUUUGAAACUGCAAACAAAAUUCGCACGCCAUUUGGAGCUCAAACAUAUUGAUCAAGAUGAAGUUAAAUCUAUUUUUAGCCUUCCUAAGAAAGACACUACUCGGCUUAGACUCAUCAGUAAAAUUCGAGUAGAAGGUGACUUUAUUUAUAAUACCCAAGCAGAAUGCAAUAUGAAUAAUGACCUUAUCGUCGUUAGACGUCCUUCUGCAAUGAAACAAAGAAAAGGAGAUCAUUUUAAGCCGUGUGCUAAUUGUGGAGGAAUGUACUCCCAUUUGUCCCUAAUAUCACACUUUAGGAGGUGUAAAUUGAACAGGUUAAAAGGAAGUAAAGAUUCCUCAGUAUCAAGUAGACAAAAAAGUUUAUUUGUUUCUGUAGUGGCUAGUGAUAUCCUCAGAUACAAAAUACUUCCAAUGCUCCGCAAUGAUCAAGUAGCCCAAACUAUAAUAUCAGAUGACGGAAUACUUCUGUUUGGAAAUCGUUUGGCCCAAAAAUAUAGGUCACCUCAUUUGUACAAGAUGAUCCGAACGAGAUUGAGGUGUGUUGCAACAUUUUUUCUGAAAUUUAAAGAAGUUUCAAACUUACCAGAAAUAAAAUUUGAACAAGUAUUUGAUCCUGUCUACUAUGAUCAUGUAAUGCUUAGUAUAAAUGAGAUGUGUUCAUUAAAUUCUGAAACAGGCAAGUAUAAGAAUCCGGCCACUGCUUAUGCCAUAGGCUCAUAUUUAAAAAAAAUUUCAUUUUAUUUGAUAUCAGAGUAUAUAAAAAAAAAGGAGAGAUCCAGACAAGAAGAUGUAAAAGAUUUCCUUCAGCUAUUGCAAGAAGGUCUAUCACAUGAUGUAUUUAAAACUGUCCAAGAGAAUCAACUGGAGCAGAAAAGAAAGAAAAAAGUAAUAUUACCAUCUUCCCAAGACAUUCAGAAGUUGAGAGUUUUUCUCGAAGAUCGUAGAAAAACAUUCAUGAAAAAGUUGUUAGUAAGCUUUACUUACAAUUCAUGGAAAGAAUUACUUGGUACAGUUUUAAUUUCUUUACAGCUCUUCAAUCGCCGAAGGGCUGGAGAAAUUGAAAGAGUAGAAAUCAAUGAUUUUUUACAAUAUGAAGAGUUGAAAGAAAACGAUGAGCUGCUGAAAAACCUCGAUUCUUCUGAAAAGGAGAAAACAAAAAAUUAUAUACGUUUCCUAAUAAAAGGUAAACUUAUGAGGGGAGUACCUGUAAUGGUAAAUAAAGCAAACUUUGUAGCUCUCAAACUAAUACUCAAGCAUAGGAAGAACGCAAAUGUGGAUUCAAAGAAUAAAUAUCUAUUUGGUAUACCUGGAAAUUUUGUUAGUCAUCUUUCAGCAACUAAAUUAAUGAAUACAUAUUCAAAAUUAUGUGGCGCUAAGAAUCCUGGGACUUUAAGAGGCACGGAAUUAAGGAAACAUAUCGCGACAAAAUAUGGAACGAUGAAUUUGGGCAAGACUGAAAUAAAAGACGUGGCUGACUACUUAGGACAUCAUGAAAAAAUACAUUAUGAUUACUAUAGACUUCCAAAUGCUACUAAAGAUAUUGUAAGAAUGUCAAAUAUUCUUGAAAAGGCCCAAGGAAACGAUGCAAUGGAAGUUACUGAUUGUUCUGACAUUACUCAUAAUGACACCUAUUUCCAGUGUGAUGAUAAUUGUGGCGCAGAGGACAUUAGUUUCCAAAUUAAUAAUUAUGGUGAUGAAUUGAAAGAUUCUCAUGAACACAACGAAAGUGCAGAUAAUGGUAUUAUCCAGGAUACAUGCAACAGUGAUACUGAAAGGAACUCUGGUAUUCGAUCAG